GGGGGCGGGGGGGGGCGGGGUGUGUGUGUGUGGUGGGGGAAUGCCGUCUCUGCCCCUCCCCAGAAUGGAUCCUAGGUGUGUGAGACGGCCAUCUGAUGGCUGGCGCUUACAGAUGGUGAGGCUGGGGUCGGGAGGGGACACCAGGCUCUGAGGUCACCCAGCCAGGCUUGGAGACGUUUCUCCUGAGCAGCGGAGGGACUGACCGAGACCCAGCGCAGGCCCCAGCCAAGGGUCCGGGGACGGGACAGGAGGGCCCGCGGCCCGCGGACCAGACAGCUAGCAUGGCCGGAGCCAGCGGGGGGGAGGAGCGCAGAGCUUUACAGAUGUUCACACCAGCUUGGCAGGGCACACGGCCUGGCUGGGCGCGCGCCAGCUGGGCAGCCCCUGGCAGGCCGGCGUGGGGCUCCAGCCUGCGUUCCUGCUGAGUCAGAGCGUGGAGCAGAGCACGGAGCCAGCAGCACGCACUCCGGCCGCACCCCCCUCCCUCCCCGGCACCCAGGGGGCACCCCAGACACUGCAAGUCACCCCGGAAGCAGGCCAGGCCCCCGCCCCACACACCAGGCCCUCCGGAGCCCAGCACACAGGGGCACCUCCACACACGGUGGGCGUGGAAGGGGGCGACCCCGGACACUGCAGCCAUCCCAGGCCUCUGCGCUGCAGAUGGCUCACAGUGGCGCCUGGAGAGCCCUCCCCCUCCUGCGUCCUCCCUGCCGGAAGGAACUGCGGCGAGCUCCUCCAGGCCGAGAACCAUUCCACCCCUGGGGAAGCUCUGCCACCAACAGGAGCGGCGGGGGAGGAGAGCCAGCAACCGCGCCCGCUGCCCUGCCAUCGUCCUGUCCCUCCUGCCUGAGUCCUUUCUGCCUGCUGAGAGCUAGGAGCUCCCAGUUUUACAGACGGAGAAACUGAGGCUCCGAGACCGCCCAGGGACGCCCAGGCUUGCACGUCUGGUAAGCAGCACAGCCCAGCCCCCUGGUGAGCACAUCCCCACCACGGCAGGCUCUUGGAUCGGGUUCAUCCUCUCCAGACUCUGAGAAGGCAGGUCUUAUCCAUCUCUGGUUUUUUUCCCCUGGGGCCCCUGGGAUGUUCGGUGGAACCCAGGCCCACACUGCCCCCUGUUGGCACACUGGAUAGCAGACACGAUGGGACCUGUCACACAGCACUGGUGAGCGUGCACACGCACACAUGUGCACACGUGUGUGCACAUCCAUGCACACGUAUGUGCACACACAUACAGGGGCACACACUCACCGACCCCCUCACAGGCACCCUGCUGAUCACUCUCGCACGCUGGGGCCUCUGCCUGCCCCACCCCGUCCCUCCAGCCAAGCACCAGGGCUCUGCGUCCCCAGUCAGAGUCCCCAGCUCUCCGGACAUAGCUGGAUUUGCGUCCAGCCAGAGCCAGAGUGACUAAUGGUUUCCCGUGGGAGGGACCCUACAGCCAGCCGGCGCAAACGCCCCAGUGCCUUCUCUUAGCUCAGUGGGACGGCGCCUGGGAGGCAGGAUGCCACCCCAGCUCUGGGACCUCCAGCAGGUGUGUGACCUGGGCUGGCCCCCCAUCCAUCCCCACUCCACCCUCAACCUCCAGGAGCUGGCCAGGGCUCCCCCUCCCAAAGGGACACCAGCCUUCCCCCAAACUCCAGACCCACAGGGAGCUAUGACCACGGCUUGGUCUGCUGGUGGUCUGGGGGAAGGCCCGGGGCCCUAAAAACCCUAAGAAUUGCAGGGGGUGUUUUGUGGUAAAGAAUCAAGCACAGCCAGGAAGCACGGCCGAAGGCCUUGUCCUGUGCCCAGCGCAGAGCUGCCUUCGGUUCCGCAGAACUGGUCAGGCCGGGCUUCCUGGUCCUCACGUGCCCUCUGGGCCCACCUCAUGGGGCUGCAGCCAGACCUGGAUGGCAGAUCCAGAGGAUCUAAGUGUUGGCGACCAGAGCAGCAGCCCAGGCUCAGAAGAGGCCACGCCCGGGGUCCAUACUCUGCCAUCACCGUUGCUGAAGGUUUAAUCGCCUCAUCUUAGAAUUUGUGCUCUGGGGGUGACAUCGCAUGGGGCGAUGGAGCCUCUGCUGGGCGGCCGCCCACCCCCCGUACCUCUCAGGUCUGCCUCGUGCCCCCUGGGGAGCCAGGCUCAGGCGGAGUCUCUGGUGGAAUCCCAAGCGCUCACGCCACGACCUCCCCGGGCCCAGCGGAGCGCAACGUUAAGAGGGAGAGGCCCUGGAAGAAAGAGGAAGCUUUGACCUGUUGGUGAAUGAGGGGCUGCCCGUUUUGCACUGAGCCCCAGGUCACCCUCAGCUCACCCCAAGCUCACCCGGGGGCCCUUGGAAUUGCUGUUUCCCAGCCCUGACGAUGCCCAGGGCUCCCUGAGGUGUCACAGAAAGAAGUGGCUCGGAGCCCCCAUCUUGGUUCCUGCCAUCCUCUCCCUGGAGCCCUUGUUCACACCCAUCUGGAUGUUCCUGGCCCUCCAGAUGAUCUCCUGAGCACACCUCCUCCAGGAAGCCCACCAGGCAGCAGCCCAGCACUUUGAUCAGGCUUCCCCACCCGUGGCUGGGACUCAGUGCAUCCCUGGCACCUACCAGGGCCCAGCAUACAGAAGAGAUUUUUCACCAGACCUGGAUUUCUGAAGAACUUGGAAACAAGAAAACAUGCACAUUUCUGUGGGAAGGUGAGGUGAAGCGUGGAACAAGGCGGAAGGAGAGGAGCCUGCUCAGGAAAGGGAUGGGUCAGGGAGGAGGAGGGACACAGUGGGCCAGGGGUGACCGGCUUGGCGGUCCUGGUGGUUGGACAGUCACGCUGGGAGCUGGGCCCUGUCCUGUACAGCCAAGUGUCCAAAACCGAGCUCUGAAGGUGGGGGACCAGGGCCAGAGAUCCUGCAAGGGGGUCCUCAACUCUGGCACCCAGAGGCCCGCCAACAUGGCCUGGAGGACCCCCACCCUUCCCCGCCACGUCCUGCUGCCCACCCAGAGCCUGGAGCACCCUGGGCCACUUCUGACAGCGGAGCCCUUCUUCCCAACGGGGACUGGGCCACCAAGGGCCGCUGUGGCCAGUUUGGAAGUGGUGGGCCAGGACCGGAAGAGGACCAGGCCCCAGCAGAGGCCCCAGCGGCCGACCCCACCCCCAGAGCUCUCCGCCCAGCCCAAGGCAGGCCCAGCUUUCUCUGCUCUGGAUCUUCCCGCUCCGGGAGGACCCUCCUCCACAGACCACCGCGGGUCAGCAGCGCACGUGUGUGUCAGUCGCUCAGUCGCGUCCGACUCUUCGCGACCCCACAGACUCUAUUCCGCCAGGCUCCUCUGUCCAUGGGGUUCUUCAGGCAAGAAUACCGGAGUGGGUUGACAUGCCCUCCUCCAGAGGGUCUGCCCCCACCCAGGGAUCGAACCUGGGUCUCCCACCUUGCAGGCGGAUUCUUUACCAUCUGAGCCACCGGGGAAGCCCCGGGGAAGCCCCGGGGAUCAGCGGGCUGGACCAGAGCUCUCCUCCUCCCUCCUUCCCAGCACUGACGUUUUCCGUUAGGCCAAGUCCUGACGUUCAACCGGGGGCCUCUAUAUGUAGGCCUCCUCGCUCUUAAAAUCCACAAGAAAGACGCUCUCUUGUCCCCAGAUCUGAGAGAAGGAUGGGGCCCUGCGGGCCUGGCACGACUCGGGUGCGAGCUCGCCACUGCAGCUCCAGGGACAGCCCACCACCAGGCCAAGGGGCUGGGCGGGACCUGCGUCCUUGGGCUCCUGGAUUACACAGCCCGCCCCGAUGUGUAGGAGCCCCCCAGGAAGGCCAGGUGCCCAGAAGCUCCGUCCCAUCUCAGCCUCACUCUCCCCUCUGCACAGAGAGGCGGACCCAGUGAGCACCCACAGGGGCGUGGGGGCAGGGGACGACAAGCCUGUGUCCCCGUCCCAGCCCUGCUCCCAGCCCCCAGGUCCCUUGGGCAGCUGUCUCCGUGCAUGGGUGCUGAGGCCCACCUUUCAGAAGAGAAUCCCCCUGUAAUGACCCACAUCGGCUCUUCGCUGCUUCUCACGAACAGACGUGCAGUGCUUCCUGGGCCAGCUGCUCCCAGAGCCCAGCGCACCUGCCCGUGAUCACAGCGACCCCGUGGGACAGCGACGGGCGUCCCUUGUGUCGGGCUCAGGCAGGACAGACAGCUACACCGUGAAUUCGGAGGCAACCCCCAGGGGCGGGCACCCUGGCAGGAGGAUCCAGGCGUGCUGCCUCUGGGGUCUGCGUUGACCCCAGCACCAGCAGCUCCCCAGGCGGAUCGCUGCCCCGGCACCAGUGAGAACGGAGGGUCAUUCCAGCCCUGUUCAGAGCAGGAGGCCUUCCCCCAGGCCAGCUGGUCUGUCUCCAGCCACCAGGUCUCGGCUGGGAGCACACGCAGGCUGCACCCCGACCUCUGUUCUGUGCUCCGCCCCUCUCCUCAGAGGCGGUGAGGGGGUGGUCUUCCGCCCCAGCCCCUUGCCCCAGCCUGGCCACCUGUCUCCCUUCUUCAGGGCGGGCCCCUCCUCAGCCCCCUUCCUCCUUAAUCGCUACAACACAUGUGCAACUCCCCUGCCCCCCAGCCCCUCCCCACUUCUCUUUUUCCCUUCCCCAAGCUCUCAGCCCUGGCCCUGGUUUACAGCUGCAAAAACACACACACACACACUCAUGCACAAAACCAACUGUGGAAUGUUUUCCCGCUUCCGAGUGAGGGGUUUGGCCCCACAGAGCUCUGUCCUCGCACCUGACAUCCAAUCCAUGUCCACACCGUGCGGGUUCUGCUCCUCCUGGAAGCCGGGGCUGGGGGGCAGAGGUGGUGACCAGCUCGCCGGGAGUCACCUGCCUCUUACCCAGAGCUGCACGCACGCACGGCGGGCCUGGUUCUCCCAUUUGGAGCAGCACGGGGCUCCUAGGUGCCAGGCUGAAGCGCGCUGCCGCCCACCUCCCCCAACUUUGAUUCAUUCCUUUCACAGAGUCAUUCAUCCAGCCAAUGUCUGCUGACCACCCACCACGUGCCAGGCUCUGCCCAGGGCUUGGGCGGGGAGCUGGCCAACCAAGCCCCGGGCACACAACCCGAGCAGCUCCGCACAGAGGCGCGGAUGCUCGGAUGGGAGAGAGCAGCGUGCUGGGGCCCAGCGCAGAGCACUUGGGCUUACCUGUGCCGCGCGGCAGCAGAAACGGGCUCCAGCCAGCGUACAACAAAACAGAGAGUUUUCUGGAAAGGUGUGAGGGAGUUCCCAGGUGGAAGGAAAGGUGGAUCAAGUGCACCCCGAAGGCCAGGAACAAGCCGGCAGCCUCUCCUCGAGGCACCGACUGGCGAGUGUGGGCACCCCUCAGCCUCGCCCCUCCACCCACCUCCUGUUUUUCCCAUUCUCCAAAUUCCAAUUCCCAGGAGAACAAAAUCCAGAGUAGCCACCCAGCGACCACAGGAACAAGCCACAUGACACACGUGGGCAACUCCCAGGGACAUUUCGGGACUGUGAAAGAAAGCACCCGGCGUGCGUCCGUUUAUACAGGCCGAGACAGGUGUCCACAGAAGCCAGAACAGAGGCUGCCCCUGCUGGGCACUCAAGGACCGCGCUGGAGUGAAGGGGGCACUAGAGCGUCACACGGCACUUGGCAAAUCCCACCAGACUGCACGUUCUGAAUCUGUGCACUUUGCUGCGGGUGACAUCCUCACACCAUGAUGAAACACAAAACGUGCAACGAAAGCUGUCCUUUUGCUGACAACAAAUAAAUCAAUCCAGCAGUCCUUCCAGGGAGAGUCAGCCUGGGUAACUCACACAGAGUUACCAGGGGUAACUUGGCCAGAGGAUGGGGGCCCUCUGCCAGGCAGUUCCCCCCAGGCCUCUUCAAAAAGGGAAGAGUAUCUCCUGAAGGCAGAGGAGCACUGAGAGGGCUGGUGGCGGCCUCGCCUCGGGGACCCUGAUAGAGCACGGUCUGUGCGCUUCAGGCUUGGAUCAAUGUAAUCAAACAGAAAGGAACAUUAGUUUCAUUCAUUUAGUUACCAAGGAAACCUGUCUGGGGCGAGAGCAGGCGAGCAAGACCUGGACAUGGGCUGGUAAAACGUGAGAUUUCGCUACAAGGCCCUUGUAGUGAUUGGUGGUGUGGUUUGGCCACUGAGCUGUGUCCAGUUCUUACAACCCCGUGGACUGUAGCCCGCCAGGUUCCUCUAUCCGUGGGAUUUCCCAGGCAAGAGUAUUGGAGUGGGCUGCCAUUUCCUUCUCCAGGGGAACCGGCUAACCCUUGGGUUCUCCCACCUCUUGCCCCCCUGUGGACAUGUGACUCAAUAAACAGCAUCUGUUCUUUCUCAUUCUGGGCUCCCCAGAGCCCUGGGGAGGGGCCAGGGUGGAAAGUGGCUGGAUACUGAGGACUGUGCUCAUGGGGGACUUUUCUCCAGAGCUGCUGCCUCAGAGAAGAGAAGUAUGGUCUCCCUGAAUCAACAACUCUGACCUAUCCCCCAGAAAAACCAGAGACAAGUGCUGAUCACAUGGUACGUCAGCUGUUGGACCCUCCCCACGAGCUUCUCGACAUGUGCGCUCCCAUCCCUGCCUCCUUCAGGCCAUUUAAGCUGCAGCUGCCACCGGGGCCCCCACUGGAAGGAGCAGUCCGUCUCCCUCUCUUCUCCCUGCCCUGGGGACCCCGGCAGCCGGCACCCCGCCCCUCCUCCCCAGCCCAUGGGGACGCUCAUGGCCAAACUGCUCCUGCCCACCAUCAGCAGCCUGGCCUUCCUCCCCACGGUCAGCAUCGCCGCCAAAAGGCGGUUCCACAUGGAGGCCAUGGUCUACCUCUUCACCACGUUCUUUCUGGCGCUCCACCACGCCUGCACUGGGCCCGGCCUGUCGCUGCUCUGCCUCCUGCGUCACGACAUCCUGGAGUACUUCAGCGUCUACGGAACGGCCCUCAGCAUGUGGGUCUCACUGAUGGCGCUGGCCGACUUCGAUGAGCCCAAGCGGUCGACUUUCGUGAUGUUUGGCGUCCUGACCAUCGCCGUGCGGAUCUACCACGACCGCUGGGGCUACGGGGUGUACUCUGGCCCCAUCGGCUCGGCCAUCCUCAUCAUUGCGGCCAAGUGGCUGCAGCAGAUGAAGGAGACGAGGCGCCUGUUUCCAGACAAGAGCGUGUACACCCACCAGAUAGGCCCUGGCCUCUGCUUCGGGGCCCUGGCCCUCAUGUUGCGCUUCUUCUUUGAGGACUGGGACUACACCUACGUCCACAGCUUCUACCACUGUGCCCUGGCCAUGUCCUUCACCCUGCUGCUGCCCAAGGUCAACAAGAAGGCCGGAAGUGCAGGGCCCCCCGCCAAGCUGGACUGCUCCACCCUCUGCUGUGCCUGCAUCUGACCGUGCAUCCCAGCUCUGAGCCCCGCCCUGCCCUGUCCCCAGCCUGCCGAGAGCGCCCCGUCCUGCCUGACCUGAAGGAACAUCCCUCCUCGGAGCCUGAGGCCUCUCCAGGGCUUUGGGAAGCACAGGCCGGGCGCUUCUUGAGAAUCCACUUAUUAGGUUUGUACUGGGUGCUAAGCACCACACUGGAGAGAAAAGAAUUUUCUCCCUUCUCCUAGGCCAAGGUCCUGGCAGAUGGGAGUAUCUGCAGAGCCCCGGAGCCAGUGUCUGUCCACCCCUCACCCCGCCCAGUCCCAGCGACAAGGGGCCUGCCCGCCGCCCCCGGCCAUGUGCUUCCCACGUCACCUGCCACCUGCUUUCUCUUGGCAACCAGUCUCCCCAUUCCUGACCUGUGCCCUCAGGCUCAGCGCACCAGGGUCAGCCAGGCUCCUCUGUCCCUGGCCCAGGCCUGCCUGUCCCUUGCUGCCCUUCCUGCCAGGCCCCUGAAUCAAACCAUCUCCAUGUCCUGUUCACCCUCAUCAUUUCGUCCAGUCCUCAAAGCAAGUCUAAAUAGAUGGCAAGUUCAAGGCCCAGAGGUACCCUACUUUGAUGGAGAGAGAAGGUUGGAAAGUGAUGUAGGGUUAAGAUUAUAGUAUGGAAGUCACUCAGUCACGUCCGACCCCGCAACCCCAUGGACUGUAGCCGGCCCGGCUCCUCUGUCCAUGGGGUUCUUCGGGCCCAGAGCUCGAGACGGCAGCGCUGACCUCAGCCCACGGUCCCCGGGGCCUGGCACCACUCCAGGCACCUCGCUCUGGAGUGCCCUCAGGGCUUUCGAGAUCCCACCCAGGUUGGGAAGGUGGGCCCGGGUCCGGAACCCCAAGCGAGACCGCCGGGCCUCCAGGCUGGCCCCACAGGGCAGGGCUCGCCCCCGUGUGCGGAGGUCAGCCCGCUCCCGUCCAGGGCCCGCUGGCACCACCCAGCAGUGGGGGCGGGAGCCGGCUGCCCAGACAUCACCUCACAAAGCUGAGGCUCCCAGCUUCCCGAAUGAUCCAGGCAUAUCCGUCAGGCAGGAAGUUACCUACACCUGUCUGGGGCCUGUUUGUGUUUCCAGACGUGCAGCUACCCACGUCUGCGCCCACCACAUGGGGCAGCCCCUGGCGCGUCCUCAAGUCACCCCGGCCACGCUUCAGGGGCCGGGAGAGAGCUGGCACCGAGGGCGGGGGACCAGGCGGACCCCACAGCCCGGCCCCCGUGUAUCUGCAGGCCCCCUUGACUGUCCAGGGGUCCCGCAUCCUGGGGGCCUGGACACCCGCAGCCCGGCCCCGGCCCCACCCAUUUCUGUCUCCACAGUCCGCUAGCGACAAAGCGACCCGCCCGCACUCAGGGUCCUCGCCAAGCCUCGUGGGGCGAGAGCUAGCUCAUCACAGCUCCAGGGCCAUCAGCCAGACGCGUCCCCACAGGCGGGCACAGACACAGCGGGGCCCCGGCCCAGGGGCAGGCAGGUGACGCCUUGAUCAGCCUCGGGCCUUGUUGUGGGGGUGUGAGCACACAUGUGCACACACAGACACACACACACACCUGAAGAGACUUCAGGUGUGCCCCUCGGGUUCCGACUCCCAGUUCCACAGCGGGAGACUCACGGCUCAGCACCAGGUGGUAAGGACAGACUCUGGGGGCCGCGCGGGUGGAGGGGAGCCGGGUGGCAUCGCUCCAUAAAUCUGCAAGGUGGCUGGCCUCUGCCCACCGCCUCCCGCCAUCCCCCAACCAUCCUCCCAACCCAUCACCUCCCGCCCAGCCCCACCUCGGGCCCCCCAGAGAGCACGCCCCGGCUCCCAGCCCCGCGGCUGUGCAGUGCCUGGAAAGUUGGAGGCCCCAGCCUGCUCCCGAGCAGGGAGGAGGCAGGGGCCUGCCAGGCGCGUAGGGGCUGCACCCACAGGCUGCUCACUGUGGCUGCCCUGAUUUAUGAGGCCGUCUGGGAGCCUGGCCAAGUCUGUAAGUCAUGGACAAUUAGGAGGCGCGCUCCAGGCCUCAGCCCUGUCUGCCUCUCGGGCUCCAGGCCCGACUGCGCCCCUCCUGAGCACCGCUGGCCCCCAUGGAGACCCCCUCGGAGGGUCCCAGGGGCGGGUCCUGAGCCCACUUUGCAGAUGAGGACCCUGAUGGCCGGGGAGGUAGCAGCUGGCCCUCAUCCCUUGGGCACGGACCACUGAUUUGGUGGCAGUGCCCAGGGUCUUGCCAGACAUCCCAGAGGCGUCUUCUUCUAGCUUGAAGGAACACUUUGGCAUCUUGUGAGGCGGAGGGGUCUACCCAAGGGUCAGAGGGGAGUGCCCAGGAAGGGGACCUAGAAGAGAGGCAGCCCCCUCAACACCCCAAGACUGAUAAGGACCAAGUGCAAUGGCCUUCAGGUUCCAGCACCUCCAAUCACAGUGUCAGGGAGUCCUGGGGUCUUCAGGUCCCUGGAAUCUGAGACUCAGGUCCCGGGUGCAGGGAGCGCCCCCACCCCAGGCCAUCCCGGGCCACCCUGGGCUCCAGACAGGACUGCCCCUCCCGCCCAGCCCUGAGGCAGGGAGGACUGGGGUCCCCGAGUCCUGGAAUAUCCAACAGUGAGUGCCUGAAAAUGUCCUCCGAGAUGUCACUGGACGCCUCGAGUGGCGGCGUGCCACGGAACUCGCUUUAACAGUGGAGACGGUCACCCGGCCCGGGCAGCGUCCAACUGAUGCACAGGCCCGUGAGCCUCUCAAACGUGCCUGGCAGAGCUGGCUCUUUAAAUGUCAGCUGAGUCUAAUUGAUCUGAAUGUCAAUAGCCACAUGGGUAGGGUUGCAGAUAAAAUACAGGAUGCCUGGUUCUAUUUGAAUUUCAGAUAACAGAUAAUUAUCUUGCCUCGGUGUGUCUUAAUUUGGAGCACGCUUGCAGGAGACCUACUUAAAAAUGAUUCUAUUCCUCUGAAAUUUAAAUGUAACCCAAUGUCCUGUGUUUUAUCCAGCCCCCACGGCUAGCAGCUCCCCACAGGGUAAGGCAUCUGCAGAAAACAAAAGGAUGGGCAUCUCCCUGGACACGUGGGUUUGGGCGCCCAGGGUUCAACCAGGCGACACAGGAAGGGAGGCUGCAGUGCCCGGCGCAGGCGAGGCGGGGCUGGGCGGGUACAGGCCCACACUGGCCUCUCGGGGCCUGGGCUCGGCUUCCAGACCCUGCAGAGUAGUCGAUGCCCUGGCCGAGCACACGCGUGCCCCAGGCCCAUGCACACAGCUCCCUCUCCCCAGCACACUCGGAGCCCCGUUGCGGGAGAAGGAGGGGGGCACGGCCCACACCUCCGGCGGCCCAAACGGAGAAGUAUUAUAAACAUUCGCAACAACGUAGACAAAACAGUCUAUUGUAGUGGGCCCCUCCGCCUCCCCCCAAGCUGGGGCGAGGUUGGCAUGGAGUGGGGAGGGCUCGGGCCCCCGCCAGGGCGUCCUCUGUUUGCACAAGCGGAGGUGUUUUCGUCUGAGGGCAGUCUACACGCUGUGGCCUUUGUCGCGUCUGCUACUGAGAUUUCCUGUCUCUGCUAUUCUCUUCCCCAGCAAGACCAUCUGAAACCCAAAACUUUUAUUGCCCCUUUUAAAAAAGGGCUUUACGCCAUCUCCUGCAUCCCGGUCUGUUCCUCCUCCUCCUGCUCCGGGCUGCUGCAAUUGUAGUUAGGGGAGGCCUGCUGGGUGCCGGUGCUGUGGCAGGAAUUCGCCCUGCUCUCCACCGCAGGGUCUUGGCGGCAGGAGCUGCAGGGAGGAGGGCCAGGUAUGUGGGCAGGACGAUUCUGCAGAGUCGGCAGGAAGCCCCGGGGUAUAAAACUCAGGCCUGCAGCUUAGCUGGUUAGCACGGCGGCGAGCUGAGAGCCGCGGUCCGCAGAGACACACGGCACAUGCCCCCCGGGGACCUGGCCACCCUCCUCGCAGCUCUGUGCUCUUCCCAUCCCUGCGUCCGCUUUUCCCACCACUGCGGGCGGCAGCCUCUCCCUGCCCAGCUCUCGGGCCCAUGAGGGUGAAUUAGGUCAGAGGCUGGCUGGACUGAAGAGGUCUCGGGAAUAAAGGGAAGGAGGCAGGAGCAGGAGGCGGGAGGUGGGGGCUGGGGGUGUGGGGAGGCAGUCAGGAUCCCCCCUGUAGUUUCCCCACUGCGUCCCCACGCAGGCUCGCCGAGUCCCCUGGGUCCUCUCCCCCUCAAUUUGUCCAUUUGUAGUAGCCCUCACUUCUCUGGGUUUUGCUGAGAUUAAACGAGAUCGUUGAAUACAGA